AUGCCGAAAGUUCGGACGAAAACGAGGAAGCCGCCUCCAGAAGGGUGGGAGUUGAUCGAACCAACACUUGAAGAAAUCGAGCAAAAAAUGAGAGAAGCCGAAACUGAACCUCACGAGGGGAAGCGCCGAGUGGAAAGCCUGUGGCCCAUCUUUAAAAUCCAUCAUCAGAAGUCACGUUAUAUUUAUGAUCUCUUUUACAAACGCAAGGCCAUCAACAGAGAAUUGUACGAAUAUUGCCUCCGUGAAGGGAUAGCAGACAAGAACCUCAUUGCAAAAUGGAAGAAACAGGGCUAUGAAAAUCUGUGCUGUCUCCGAUGCAUCCAAGCUCGAGAUACAAAUUUCGGAACCAAUUGCAUAUGUCGUGUUCCAAAAGCGAAACUCGAGGAGAUUCUCGUGAAGUGUCGAUAUGAAGCUGAACCAAGCGUCGGACUUGGAUCGGCAACGAGUGUAUUACAAGAAAUAUCAGAAUCUUCGUCGGCGAAUGCGGUUAACGAUUUUGGAAAAUGCUGCGCUUGCAGCAACUCUGGACGAGUUUUCACAAAAGGUUAUGUUUUUGAUGUGAUGAAGGAAAUUCUCAGUGAAAUUGAAUCGUUUUAUCGUGUUCGAUUCAAGUGA